AUGGACCUGUCGAACUUGCGCGCGAGUCUGCGCGAAGAGGAGGCCUCGACGCGGCGGCGCACGUCGCACCUGCGUGCGUCCGAGGACGAGCUGAACGGCGUCUUCCGCACUUCUGCACUGGGGCUGACGACGCUCUACAGGCAGGCGGUGGCGGCGUCCAAGGCGUCGUAUGAAAAGGGCUAUGCGCACGCGCUCGCGCAUGUGCUCGAGCUGUGCGACAACGACCGCGACUGGCUCAAGGGCUACCUCCAGCGCAGGAUCGAGGCGAUCGAAGCAGUCGAGGACGAGUCGGACGACAGAGAACCCCCUCCAACGCAGCAUCAAGAUGCCGAGGAGAUCCAUUCGUCCCCCGCCGUGGCCCGCAAUCACGCCAGCACCUCGCAGCCUCGACCUACAUUCGAGGCUUCGCCAAGGCACAACAAACGCACACGAGGCGCUACCUCCACCAGCCGUACAGCCGCCGUCGAUGACGAGCAGCACGAUCGACGCAUCUCGAACCGCGGUGCCAGCUCAUCGCGCACCCGCCCCACCACCACCUCCGCCUCAACCUCGGCCUUUUCGGCCAACUUUGACUUUGCCGCCCCCAUUGCCUAUCCUGACGCCAGUGCUGGGCGGGGUGAAUCGAGCGCAUCUCGAACCCCGCGCACCACCUCCCGCACCGAGACACCAUCGAUCAAGACUUCGAAUCCGGCGGCACAGCGUCGGCGACUGCACAAGCUCAAGGGGCUGCGUGCGGGCAAGGACCGCGUGCUCGAGGUGCACGCCGACCGUGGUCCCGACGACAUGGAUGAUGGCGAGGAGGACGAGGGGGAGUGGACCGACGACGACGAAGAGGCGAGGGGACGCAGGGUUGGAUGGGCGGACAAGGAGCGCGAGGAUGAGGCCGAGGCAAGGGUGGUAGAGAGGCUCGAUCGAAGGAAGAGAAGAAGGACGUUUAAUACCACCGCGGCGGCGGGAGAGGAGGGCAUGCAUGCGUAG